AUGGCUGCCAACACCCGCCAAAAUCUCCUGCAAGCCGCCCGGUCAUUUUGUGAUGCUUUCGCACAGCAGAAGCCACCAGAAGAAAUACUCUCUCACUUCUCAAAGUCCGAUGAUGUACUAGCUCUUGAACAUGGGCUUCCACAACUCGCACCCUUCUUAGGUCGCGACUUUCGUGGUCAAGAUGGACUCAAGCAAUACUUUGACUUGCUAUCUUCCAACUUGAGAUAUGAGAAUAUGAAAUUCAGCAACUUUGUCGUGGAUCUAGAAACCACCAAAGUCUCGGUCCGGGGAGAGGCACGCUUCACAUGGACAAGCACUGGCCAAGCAUGGGAUGAGGUUUUCACCUAUGUUCUAGAAUUCGAUGACCAUCACAAAGUCAAGGUAUAUGAGGUCUGGGCCGACUCGGGUGCCGCCUAUUUGGCACGCAAAGGCAUGCUCAAUCAGUAA